AUGAAAGAUGCAAGUAGAAUUGACAAGUUGGAAUCAAACAUAGUUGAACUUACCAAAGCCGUUAAAAAUAUGACCGAUAACAAAGGUCAAAAUAAUCGAAGUCAACCAACAAGAAGCUCGUUACAAAACAAUUGGCACCAAAGACAGAAUACCGGAGGGUCAUAUAUCUCGGAAUUGUCUAAUGAAAAUUGA